CAACGAGGUGCGACGUACCUUGGAUUGUUGUUGCACUGGGGUGGUAGCAGUGGAAGUGGAUGAGGCCGCCUGUGCGGCGCUUGAUGCCGAGGCCGAGGCGUCGGUCAUGAUGUUUGAGUUGGAGAUGGAUGUGAUAACGAUGGCGAGAGAGUUGAGAGGAGGGGGUGGAUGGGAGAUGGGCGAUGGCGUUUGCCGUUUGCCGUUUACGCCCUCUGGCCUCUGGGUCACGACGGGUUUGGUGUGCAAUUUACACCUUCCUUGUCACCCCCCGCCCACGCACGCUCGCCUCCCAGCCGUGCCAGCCAUUUGGCCCCCCCUCUCUCAAUUUCACAGUCCACCCUUCACAUUUGCCACUCGUCUCCCCAAGAUCAACCAAUCACAGCACGCACCCUCCAUCGGCGAUUCAUAUUCAAAUCCCGAGGUGGCUCUUGCAUUCCCCGCCGACGCCCUUUGCCCAUAUCCCACAUCCGGCCCCAAUUUCAAUAUAGAUUUGAAUCCGCUAAUAUGUCAAGCUGUUGCCACUAACACACCAUUAGGACCCGAUGUGAUAGGAGACCUAGAGCGGAGCCAUUGAAAUGUGGCAUGUGGCACUUGGCUUUCGUGUUUUUGGGCCACUGUCACCUCCCCAACCUUACCAUGCGACCGCCGCUUUGCACCUUCCGCACCUU